UCUGCCCGGCACUCCGGUCCUGCUCUAUGGUGCGGGCGGAAGCGGCGCGGGCGGAAGCGGCAGCGGGCAGAAGGAACGCAGGUUGGUUUGUGGAGCACAGAAACGAUGCUGUGGAAAGGAGCUGCUUAACCUCCCAGGAUGCCCUUUUCUGACUUUGUCCUAGCCCUGAAGGACAACCCAUAUUUCGGAGCUGGGUUCGGCCUUGUAGGGGUGGGCACGGUCCUGGCAGUGGCUCGUAAAGGGGCCCAGUUUGGGCUGGUGGCUUUCAGGCGCCACUACAUGACCACCUUAGAGGUGCCCAGCAAGGACAAGAGCUACCAGUGGCUGCUGAACUGGGUGUCCCACCAUGCCAAGCACACUCAGCACCUCAGUGUGGAGACAUCAUACCUGCAGCAUGAGAGUGGGCGUGUCAGCACCAAGUUUGACUUUGUCCCCAGCAUCGGGAAUCAUUUCAUCUGGUAUCGCAGGAAGUGGAUUCGCAUUGAGCGCAGCCGGGAGACGCAGGUGAUUGACCUGAACACAGGGACCCCCUGGGAGUCUGUCACCUUCACUGCGCUGGGCACUGACCGGGAGAUCUUCUUCAACAUCCUCCAGGAAGCCCGGGAGCUGGCACUGCAGCAGCAGGAGGGGAAGACACUCAUGUACACGGCCGUGGGAGCAGAGUGGCGGCAGUUCGGCUUCCCCCGCCGCCGACGGCCCCUCAGCUCCGUGGUGCUGGAGAAGGGUGUGUCAGAGAGGCUGGUUCAGGACGUGAAGGAGUUCAUCAGCAAUUCCAAGUGGUACAGUGACAGAGGAAUCCCCUACCGAAGAGGUUACCUGCUGUACGGCCCUCCUGGCUGUGGGAAAAGCAGCUUCAUCACAGCCCUGGCCGGGGAGCUGGAGUACAGUAUCUGCCUGCUGAGCCUUAGUGACCACAGCCUCUCUGACGACCGGCUCAAUCACCUCCUGAGCGUGGCACCACAGCAGAGCAUUAUCCUGCUGGAGGACGUGGACGCUGCCUUCAUCAGCCGAGACCUGGCCGCUGAGAACCCUGCUGCGUACCAAGGCAUGGGGCGCCUGACCUUCAGCGGCCUCCUCAACGCACUGGACGGCGUGGCCUCCACAGAGGCCAGGAUUGUCUUCAUGACCACCAACUAUGUGGACAGGCUGGACCCAGCCCUGGUGCGUCCUGGCCGUGUGGAUCUCAAGCAGUACGUGGGCCAUUGCUCCCACUGGCAGCUUUCCUGCAUGUUCCAGCGCUUCUAUCCUGAGCAGCCCCUGGCUGCAGCCGAGCAGUUUGCAGAGCAGGCACUGGCUGUCUCCAAACAGAUCAGCGCUGCCCAGGUGCAGGGCCACUUCAUGCUCUACAAGAUGGACCCUGAAGGAGCCAUUUCAAACAUAAGCUCUAUCCUGCUGUGACCCAGGGCCAGCAACACUGAGAGGACUGGGACAAAGAUGUGACCAUCCCAGAGAUGCCAUGAAGCUGCCCAGAUGCACAGGCCAGGUCUCUGUUCACCUUUACCCCUCCAAUGCCUUGUUUUGGAGAGUCAGAGCUGCCAGCCUUGCAGCAGGGAGAGGGAAUCAGCUCUUGCUGCUCCCCAAAUUUGUGUGCUACUGCACCAGCCCUGCUCACCAGUGUGUGCCUCAUGUUGGGAUUUCUGUAAGCUGCUAACGCUCCUGGAUGUGAAUCCUCUUCCUUGUGGGUCAGCCUGGGGGUUUCCUUGGGGCAAGAUAUUGGGGUGUUACACUGCUAAAAGCUGAUGUUUUUUUAAAGGACAACGGUCUCACUGGUUUGUGAAUAUCCUCUGUGAAAUGCACAACAUGGCUCUUGUCUCUCUGG